CCUCGUAUCCAUAGUAUCUUUUAUGCAGUGUUUGAUAUCAUCAAAGGAACCGUUGUUCAACACCAAGUCCCUGAAGGCAGCAUUACCCCACUAGCAAACCAAGAAGAAUCAACCACAAAGCCAUUAAUCGAAUUUGAAGCAAUUAGUGAAUAUGUAAUCCCAAAAAAACAGCUCUAUAAACGUCUUGUUACUAUCUGUACCAACAAUUAUAAAGUAAUGGGAUGUCCAGUUAUUCUCAACGAUCAUGUAAAAUAUCGCGAUUUUCGUAAUGAAUUCAGAUUCAAUCUAUGCUUUGUCUUCGAACGUGAUGCAGAGACAAGUAGCUACGAAGCAGUUGUUCGUAAACUAUCGCGAGUUCUAGAAGGCUUGGAGGUGAGGAAUUCAAGCAAGUACUCAGAGACGAAAUCUGUUCAGAAUGUGAUUGAACAACUCUUUGAAGAUUUGAACAGUUACUGCGAGUGUCAGAUUCCUAUAAAUGCUUUCAAUACAAUCAAUCUCAAAUUGUUUCCGUCCUAUCCAAACCCCUCAACCGUAUACGACUAUCAGGUCCCAGUGUGCACGGUAGAUGUCAAGAAAAUGAUGACUCACAAUUGGGAUAUAACGGUUCAAAAAGUAACUGACCAUAUCAACGGAAUUAACCAUGUAAAACGUAUUGCCGACUUGAGCAAUGUGCGAACUGAAUGGGUGCGGCAGAGUAUGGAACAUCUCAUGUACUAUGGAUGCAUCAUCAUGACCGACAUAUUCCAGUUCUCGAAUGUGUAUGCAGUUAAACCCGAGAUCACACGCUUACUAGACGAUAGUUCUGGUCUAGCACAAGAGUGCCUUCGUUACAUCACCCUUGCCAACAUGCCAACCCCUCCCCUUCCACGUAUUUUUGCCCUCUACUGUGGUCUGCAAUAUGGUUCUUCUGUUAGGGACUGGAUAGACGAACAACAUGUUGUCUCUCUGCCCAUUGAUGUUAGGCGUUUCAUAUCGUUUGGUAUCAUCAAGGGCCUGAUCUAUCGGGUGCACAAAUAUCCAAUUCUCAUCAGCCUUAACCCAAACGACAGUUUUGAGCCAAAUUCGGCUGACAAACCGUUCUCAAACAUCAUCAAUCUCAACACCGGUACCACUAUACACUCUGAGAUUAUCCCCUUUCUCAAUGGCAGUCAUCACUACGACGAGAUCUGCACAACUCUCAAAUGUUCUCCCCAGGAACUUGAU